AAAAGGAGGAGGAGAAAAGCAGCGAGCGCAGCGGAGGGCGCUCAGACCCGCAGCGGGAGGACGGCAGCGCGACGCCGGUGUCGAUCAUGUCUCUGGCCGGGAAAGUGGCUCUGGUGACCGGAGGAGCUCAGGGCAUCGGAAGGGCAGCGGUCCAGUCUCUGCUGAAGAGCUCGGCCAAGGUUCGGUUCUGCUCCAAGGUGGCCGUGGUGGACCUGAACAAGACGGUGGGGGAGCAGUGCCAGGCCCAGCUGGACGCCGAGUUUGGGGAAGGAAGGAGCGUGUUCAUCCAGUGUGACGUCACCCACGGCGACGCUCUGAGAGACGCCUUCCAGAGGACGGUGGACCAGUUCGGACGCCUGGACAUCGUCAUCAACAACGCCGGCAUCAACAACGAGAAGAACUGGGAGAAAACCAUCCAGGUCAACCUGACCUCAGUGAUAAAGGGAACCUACUUGGCCCUGGAGCACAUGAGCAAAGAGUACGGCAAGCAAGGAGGCACCAUCAUCAACGUGUCCUCCAUGGCAGCCUUCCUCCACUCCCCCCACCAGCCCGUCUACACGGCCACCAAACACGGAGUGAUCGGCUUCACCCGAGCGAUGGCGGACGCCGCCGCCCAGGACGACUACGGCGUCCGCAUCAACGUCCUGUGUCCCGCCUUCGUCGACACGCCGCUGCUGCACACCGUGGAGGAGGAGGACAACAUGGGGAAGUUCGUCAAGUUCAAGGACGACUUCAAGCAGAGCAUGAACAAGUUUGGGGUUCUACAGCCGUCGCUCAUCGCUGAAGGGAUGAUGAGGCUCAUUUCGGACCCGAGCCUGAACGGCGCCGUGAUGAAGAUCACCUGCGCCAAGGGAAUCCACUUCCACACGUACGAACCCAUGUCUGCCUGACCUCCGACCCGCAGGAACCGCGACCCGUUCAGAGGUUCUGGAAGCUAAACUGGAACCGGUUCCUCGUAGAACCUCGACUCUUUUGGUUGUUUUAGAGAAAUGCUGAAGAUGAUUCUGUUCUGCUUCCUGUUUGGACUCAGCAAAGCAGAACCGCUUCCUGUGGGAACCAAAAGUCCGGAAUCAGCUGAUUUGACCAGAACCAGAACCGCCUGCUGAUGAGAAGGAAACGGUUCUGACCUGGUUCAGUCAUGGACAACCAAACAGCUCCUAACUCUGAUUGGUACCAGGUUCUGUUGGUACCAGGUUCUGAGGUAAGAAGCUGGUACCAACAGAACCUGGUACCAACCUCAGGGUUUCUCCCAGUUUGUGUUCACCAGUUGUGUUCUGGUCCAAAUCUUUGCUUCGGUUCAUCGCGGUUCUGCUCAGCUCUCUGAAGGUCCCACAACGUUUUCAUCAGGUGAAGGCCUGGACUUUGACUAGGCCACUGCAGCACUUUGAUUCUCUUCUUCUUCUGCUGUAGAUCUGCUGCUGUUCUGUUCGGUUCUGUUCUGACCCAGUUCAGACCGAGCUUCACUUUUUACUCCAGAAUAGGUUUGGUUCUGUUGUACUUCACUCAUUUCUGUCUCUGUGCUCCACCAGGUCCGGUAACCGGGUCCAGAACCCGACCAGAACCCCUCAGUGUAAAUGACCUUGAGAAAUAAUGAGAUUUGGUUCAAUAUAAAAACAGGCUUUAAUGCUGAAAAUGAUCAAAUGUUAGAAGUCAUACAUGUCAUAGAAACGGAUCAGAACCAGAAUUACAUUCACUGUCCAGCGCCGGCCCACUGGGCUCCUUCUGGACGGAACCAGAUGAGGCCAAGAUUAGAGUUCAGCUUUUAUUCUCCUCUGCAGCCCGGUCCCUCCCUAAAGGCCACUUAACCAGGUUCAGUCUGUCUACUGCUGGCAGACACACAUAAACAUGGUUAUGUAAGCUGCAGCGUGUAAGCAGAUUAAAACAGACAGAACCGACAACAGUUCAUAAAGAACAUCUCAACUGG